AUGACAGAUUUGAGACCAAAUAAUAGAGAAGGGUCACUCGAUGAAAUGCCUAUUACACCUGUCAUAUCCGGCUCGUCGUCUAAGGGCCAUAUUCUCCGCUUAUUGUACUAUCAUACUACGAACGGAUAUUCUGUUACUGAAGCGUCAUAG